UUGUCUGGAAAACGUCGGUCUGGUGAGUGAAAUGCUAGCAAACAUAUUGCUGCUGCAGAUGAAAUUAAAGGGUUUCUCCUUGUGUUGUUGGGCGCAAUAAAAUAUCACAGUCAAAAUGAGCCUGAGGAAGCAGACCCCGAGUGACUUUCUGAAGCAGAUCAUUGGCAGACCUGUUGUGGUCAAACUGAACUCUGGUGUCGAUUAUAGAGGUGUUCUGGCCUGUUUAGAUGGUUACAUGAACAUCGCCAUAGAGCAGACAGAGGAGUAUGUCAACGGGCAACUCAAGAACAAAUAUGGGGAUGCCUUCCUAAGAGGAAACAAUGUUCUGUACAUCAGCACCCAGAAGAGGAAAGUCUAGUGAAGACCAUUUUGAGUUCAUUUAAUUUUUUCAGUUUUUAGUAAUGUUUCAGAAGACGACUGUCAUACGUUUUUGGUUCUGUAAAGCUUGAGAAGCGUUUGUUUUGUAAAAGUGGAAUAUAUGAAUAAAUUCUGAGUUUCGAUUUA